AUGGACCUGUGCCACGUCCCUGCCACCCGGGAGAAGGGCUGGUACCUGGCACUGAUGGCUCCCAACGUCAAAGGUCCCAACUAUGCCUGGCUGGACCCCUCCCGGCUCUACUGCCACCCGCAAGCCUUGCAGGACUGCCUGGCCGACCUGCUGCAGCCCUUCCAGGGAGAUGCCAUCGACAUGGUGGCCGGCAUCGACGCCAUGGGCUUCAUCCUGGGCGCUGCAGCCGCUGCCACCCUGCGGAAAGGCUUCCUGGCCAUCCGCAAGGCCGGGCACCUGUGCGUGCAGACGGAGGCACAGCCCUACAGCGACUACUCGGGCCAACAGAAGCUGAUGGAGCUGCGCACCGACGCCAUCUCGCCCGGUCUGCGCAUCCUCCUGGUAGAUCAGUGGGUUGAGACUGGGGGCACCAUGAGAGCGGCCAUCGAGCUGGUGGAGCGGCUGGGGGGGGUCGUGGCAGGGGUCGCUGCCAUCUGCAUGGAGAACAGCGAGGGAGGGAAGUGGAUCCAGGAGCGCUACAAGUGCUCCCACUGUGUCCCCCCCCGCCUGCAGCCCCGCUUCGACCAGCACCACUUGGGCUGGGACUGA